AUGUUGACCGCGCCGCUCCUCGCACUCCCGCUCCUGCCCCUCGCCGCAGCAGGCUACACGUCCUAUAGCCUCGGAAACCUCCCUCACCAGAGCGAGAACGGCCAGACUGGCUACAAUGACUGCGGCACGACCGACAGCCAGUCGUCCAUGUGCCAGACUGCAUUCGUCAACAGCGUCACCGACUUCUGCCUCUGGGCACCUCCCACGCCCGGCGGAUCCAUCGGCGACACGGAAGAGAUCGAGGUCGCCUGGUGCACUGCGUCUGGACACGGCGCGCGGUUGAUGCCGCAGGGCACGAUCCACUCGGCCCACAUGCUCGUCACGCCUCACUACACCCAAGUGACCGGCACAGGAGACUUUACCAAGAUCAACAUCCAGCCUGGAGAUGACGGAGGCGAGCUCGACCCGCACGGCGCCACGGGUAACGGCAACCCAGUCGGCUCGCUCGUCUUCUCCGGCGGCCAGCAGAUCCACGAAUGGACGUCAUUCAUCUCCGACAAGGAGUUUUGCUUCAGGAUUUGUCAUGAUGCGAGCGAUGCGUGGCUUUGGUGCCAGCACAUCUACGAUUUGCAAGGCUGCGCAUGGAACGAGCCCGGCAACUACGGCUCCGGCUUCGACACCUGCCAAGGUGACGGCACCGACCUCCCUCCUGGCAUCUACUCCGCGCCAGGCGGCGGCCUCUCGACGUACCAGCAGUCGCAGGGCGCGGCGCCCACCCCGCAUGCGGCGGGUAGGUCGAGCAAUUGUCAGGCUGUGCCGACUGUUGGUGGAGCGGCCGUGGCGGCGCCUGCUGCCGCGACGACUACCGCUUCGUCGCCGUCGGCUGUCAGCAAUGCCGCCGCCUCUUCCGCGAGCCAAACCGGCUUGUCGUCGUCCGCCUCGGCCUCGGCCUCCUCAAGCUGGACCACCUCCGUCGUCUCGUCCUCCUCCAUCAUCUCCUCCUCCUCGUUCUCCUCCUCAACGCUAAACAGCACCUCGACCCUCCCUCUCUCCUCCUCAACCUCGACAAUCUCCUCAGCCCCCAUCUCAACAAUCACCUCGACCCUCCCGCCUCCUUCGACGCCCGCUACGACUUCCUCGACGCAGGAGGCGUUGGCUAAGGCCACGGGUAGUAAGGCUACGUCUGGAGCGGAGAAGGUUUGGGCGUCGGUGGGGGCGGCGGCGGUGGGUGCGGUGGUGGCGGCGAUGGCGGUGUUGGCGUGA